CAUCUACUGUUUACAACAAUAAAACAAUACAUACAAAAAAGUCCCGAUACUAAAACAGUGACAUACAAUUUAACUGAAUAAAUUUAUGGUGUCAGAAGAACGCAUUUACAAAGUAUUAGAAUGGCGGGCGACAGUGCAGCGGAGACGCCAAGCGAGGACACUCUGAAGAUCCUGAUCGCCACCGACAUCCACCUCGGGCACCUGGAGAACGACCCCGAGCGCGGCGGAGACUCGUUCCUCGCGUUCGAGGAGGUGCUGGCGACGGCGGCCGAGGCGCAGGCCGACCUGGUGCUGCUGGGCGGGGACCUGUUCGACCACGCGCGGCCCUCGCCCGCCGCCAUGCUGCGCGCUACGCAGCUGCUGCGCCGCUACUGCCUGGGCGACCGGCCCGUGGCGCUCGAGCUGCUGUCGGACGACACGGAGGCGUUCGGCCGCCCCGUCAACUACCGCGACCCCGACUUGAACGUGUCGCUGCCGCUGCUCACCAUCCACGGCAACCACGACGACCCCGUGGGCCAGCAGGCCGUCAGCUCGCUCGACAUCCUCUCCUCUAUGGGGCUCGUCAACUACUUUGGGCGCUGGAGCGACUACACGCAGGUGUCGGUGGCGCCCGUACUGCUGCGCAAGGGUGCCACCAGCCUGGCGCUGUAUGGCCUCAGCCACCUCAAGGACCAGCGCCUCUCGCGACUCUUCAAGGAAGGCAAGGUGGAGAUGCAGCGGCCUCCCGGCGAGGACUGGUUCAACAUGCUUGUGCUGCACCAGAACCGAGCGGACCGCGGGCCCGGCAACUACAUCCAGGAGGAGGCCCUGCCGGGCUUCCUCGACCUGGUGGUGUGGGGCCACGAGCAUGACUGCCGGGUUGUGGAGGAGCAAAAUAUCACGCGAGGAUUCUUUGUAACGCAGCCAGGAAGCACAGUAGCCACCUCACUGGCAGCCGGGGAGGCUCUGCCCAAGCACUGUGCUCUGCUACAGGUACACCGCAAGAAGUUCCUGCUGACGCCCGUGCCGCUGCGAACAGUCCGCCCCUUCAUCUUCAAGACCAUUGUGCUGUCCGAGGAGGAGCUGGGCGAUGCCAGCGUCAACGAGAAUGAGAAGGUGCAGGAGUUCCUCAAGGCGAAGGUGUACGAGGCGGUGGCGGAGGCGGCGGCGCGGCGCAGCGGCGACCCGCGCCAGCCGCAGCGCCCGCUCGUGCGCCUCAGCGUGUUCUUCGAGCGCGACAACCAGGACUUCAACCGCGUGCGCUUCGGACAGAACUUCACUGACGUGGUGGCCAACCCCGGCGACCUGCUGGUGAUGAAGCGCGAGGCGCGCGUGCGGGAGAAGCGCGAGCGCGCGGCGCACGACGAGCCGCCGCUGCCGGCCGCCGGCGCCGCGCCCGACGUGGAGGCGCUGCUGCACGACUACUUCGCGUCGCUGCCGCCCGAGCGCCAGCUGGGCCUGCUGUCCGCGCGCGCGCUCACCGACGCCGUGCGCGACUUCACCGUGAAGCGCGACGACGACUCGUUCCGCGCCGUGCUGCGCGCGCACCGGCGCCGCGCGCUGGACGCGCUCACGGCGGCCGGCGUGGAGACCGAGGCCGAGGUGGCCGAGCUCAUGCGCGGCUGCCGGCUGGAGCUGGACGCGGCCGAGCCCGCCGCGCGCCGCGAGCUGGUGCGCAAGGCGGCCGCCACGCCCUCGCCGCGCGCCGAGCCGCUGGCGCAGCCGCGAGUCACGCUCACGCGCACCCUGCCGCCCGUGCGCGCCGUGCCCCCGCCCGCGCAGCGCGGCGGCCGGCGGGGCGGCGGCGGCGGCGGCGGGGUGGUGGUGCUGUCCAGCGACGAUGACUCGGCGCCCGAGGCGGCGUCGGCGGGGCGGGGGCGCGGGCGCGGGCGCGGGCGGGGGCGGGGACGCGGCCGGGGCUCCCCGCGCGCCGCCUCGCCGCCGCCGGAGCGCCGCCCCGCGCGCGCCCCCUCCCCGCCCCCCGAGCGCCGCAGCACCCCUCGCCGCUCCGCCGCUAAGAAGUCCGCAUCCUGGCUGCAGAACAUGAUCGCCAGCAAGGACAACAUCAUGGAUGAAGAUUCAGACUAAACACGAACUCAAUGUGAAUUCUGUAUGUAAGAUUGCGGGACAUUAUUAUUAAUGUGAUGCAAACAAUAAGACUUGGCUCCUGAAUAUAGAUUUAAGUUUAUACA